AUGGAACCUCGAUAUCCGAGUCCGCUUCACCACACCUACCUCCCAGGACACGAUGACGGACGCCUGGAGACGGUGGCCGAAGAGCGCGCAGACCUUCGACUCAACAUCAGCCAUGGCUUGUUCGAAGAGAGCGAUGUCGAGCCGGAGCAUGGCAUUUACCUGCCGUCACCAAAACGACAGCGAACUGGCUUCAACUGCGUGCACUGCAAUAUGGCAUUUACGGAGAAGAGGGCACUGGCGAGACAUAAGAAGACCGAUCACCACAGAAGACAGCUCGGUCUGCCGCCAGACAGGAAGCACGCAUGCCAUAUCUGCGGCAAGCACUUCACUCGUGGGCAUGACCUGAAGAGACAUCAGAAUGAGCAGCAUGCGGACAUCGGCGGAGCAAUGGAGAUAUUGUCUGGUGGGUCCGAGCAGAGCAGUGACCGAUCUCCCCCUGUCGAAGACUAUCUUCCAAUGCCGAUACCACAAGGCCUAUCCCAUGGCAAAGCGAUAGCGCCACCUGCCGUCAUGGACCUCGGACCACCUGGCUUGCCACCUGCGAGGCCACUGCCCAUUCCAGACUAUUCUGCUCUACCUGAAGAGGCUGAGCCUCGUCGAUGCAGUGAAACCACCACACAGCGUGCCUCGGAACCAAAGCAUGCCAGGCGAAGCCGAUCAAUGCAAGCGAUCAUGAAACAAGAGCAGACACUUCGUGACCUCGAGGGCGAAGCUGACGCUGCUCCUACCGUGUCGAGUCAGGAAUCCGUACCACAACUCACAAGUGGUGCAAGUAGCGAUACAGACAUGGAGAGUGACCGCGUUUCUGAGCUCUUCCCUCCUCUUCAGUCGAGAUCCACGACCGGAGAUUUGCGCCUGACCAGUAUGUUGGAGAACAAAAUAUCGAGUUAUGGUCGGGAAGUAGACUCGUGGCAACCUGUGAUGUGUGCGAUGUGCGGUAAUGCGUUCGAAGAUGAUGCCGAAGAGCUCGUGAAACAUCUCCGACGACAUCUGGAUAACUUCAAGGGCAAGCACAGAUGCAAAGAAUGCAAGAUCGACUUUAUCCACGCAGAGGACCUUGAAAGGCACCAGCAGAGUGUGAUAGCUGACGGGACUUGCGGCUUCAACUUCCCACAUCGCUGCACUGGGCAUCAUCCUCCGAGCAGUGGCGUGAAUGCUGGACAACUUACGGACUUCGACCGUGUCAGGCUAUGUGUGCGCCUACAAGAGUGGGAACAAGCCCAACUACAGGCCUACAUCGCGGAGAUCAACGACCUCACCAUGGCGAGGCAACAACGCAAGCUGACCCGCUGGUCGGACAUCUUGCGUGGCACUUCUCGAAGAAGCUCGUUGUGCAGCUUCGCCAUUAGUGUCAACACCUACGCCACGGCGCCUUGCGAUGUUUCCGAUGGGAAAAUGGACCUGGGUGGUCUCCAGAAGCGACUACAGCAAAUGUCUCUGGGCAGUGCCGUUUCCCGCUUCCGACGCAAAAUGAAUCCAGACCAAAAAGACGCCAGAAGCAAAACAAUCGACAAAGCCCUCGCCAAAGCUGUCAAACACGGCGACCUGCAAAAAGUGAAAUCCCAACUAACGAUUGGCGGCGACUCCAAAAUCAUUCACCACGACCAAGGCACCUUUGUCACCGUUGCUCUUUGGGGCCACACCUACAUCGCUCGACGCAUGGCUGAACAUCGCGUCGACGAAGAUAUCACGGGCAAAUGCUCCGUCUGCAAAAUGAACAGCAGUACUUUCAACAAGCCUGCCAACAAAGUCCGAUCGUUACUCAUGCACUCCGCCGACCCGAAUGAGCCGGGUGGUCUACACGGUCACCCUCUCAGUACAGCAGCAUGGAUGGGGAAGCCCGACAUCGUGUCCCUCCUCCUCGAAUACGGCGGCGAGAUGCGCCAGGGAGGCGGCAAAUUCGGAAAUGCGCUGUGCUCAGCCGCCGCUGAAGCAGGGUACCAGGGCCAGGCAGACGUGAUCGAUCUCCUCAUCAAAGAGGGAGCAGAUGUCCGAACUGUUGGGCCGGAAGGCAGUGCUCUGGACCUUGCCCGCGCGCGGCGGAAUCAGUGGUCUAUGCAGGUCCUUGAGGCGACGAGUAUGCAGGAGGAGUUGGAGUUGAAUCAACGGAUUGCGAGUUGUGAUUCGGUCUUGCUUACGUUGCAGGCGAAGAGCAAUAUGCUUGAUGCAAAGGAUGCUGCGGCUGUUAGGCAUGGGAGUAAUGGGAGGGAGUCGACGGAAUCUUCUACGAGGGCAAGGACGACGAGUAGUGUUUAUCCUUAUUGGUGA